AUGUCCGACGUCCCACCAACCCAGUCCAUUCCCAAACCAGAGGAACCUAAAGAACCACAAUUCCAAUUCCAAUCUCAGUCCAAGAGAGACCAAGAGUUCGAAGAAGGUCUGAACCGUUUACGCAAAGAGUAUGCUACAGCUCCAAUUGAGAGAAAGUUGUUCCCGGACCCAAAAAUAUAA